AUGGGCGAAGCCCGGCAACAAGGCAGCACGCCAGCGAAUCAGCCCGCCUCGCCGUGUCAUAUGACAGGGCCACCGCACCGCUCCGCUCCGCUCCGUCCCUGGAGGCUGGCGAACGCCUGCGGAAGCCGGCUCUGGAUCAGACUGGGCGAGGAUUUCUACCGGGAGGCGAUGGAGCACUGUCGGAGUUAUAAUGCCCGUCUGUGUGCGGAGAGGAGCAUGAGGCUGCCAUUCCUCGACUCGCAGACCGGCGUUGCCCAGAACAACUGCUACAUCUGGAUGGACAAGACCCACCGAGGGCCGGGCUUGGGCCCAGGACAGUUGUACACCUACCCGGCCCGUUGUUGGCGUAAGAAACGGCGCCUAAACAUCUUGGAAGAUCCACGACUUCGGCCCUGUGAAAUUAAACUCGAUACGGAGGUGACCCUGAAGAAAGAGGGAUUACUCCCGGAGGGACCUGCCCUGGAGGCUCUCCUCUGCGGGGAGACAGUGGAGAAAAAGGCAGAGGCCAAGGACGAGGAGAGCAUCAGUGAAUGCCAGAGAAUCUUGGCGAGUGACUUCCCUCAUGAGAUCGAGGUGGAUGAUCUGGAGGAGGACGCGCCGAAGAGGAAAAGUAAAACCAAAGGGCGAACCUGUGGAAUCGGAGGCAUGAGGAAAAGGCAAGAACCGACUUCGCUGGAGGACCGGGACAAGCCAUACGUUUGCGACAUCUGCGGGAAGCGGUACAAGAACCGUCCAGGGCUGAGCUACCACUACACCCACACCCACCUGGCUGAGGAGGAGGGCGAGGACGAGCUGGAGCGACACACUCUUCCCUUCCACCGCAAGAACAACCACAAACCCAGGAAAGCUCCCGAUGGAAGCAUCAUUCCGAACACCUAUUGCGAUUUCUGUCUGGGUGGGACUUCUGGGAACAAGAAGACAGGGUUUCCUGAAGAUCUCAUUUCCUGUGCGGAUUGCGGGCGCUCCGGUCACCCCUCGUGCCUGCAGUUCACGGUCAACAUGACGGCGGCGGUGAGGACCUAUCGCUGGCAAUGCAUCGAAUGCAAGUCCUGCAGCCUCUGUGGCACCUCAGAGAACGACGAUCAGUUACUGUUUUGUGAUGAUUGUGAUCGAGGCUACCACAUGUACUGCCUGAGCCCUCCAAUGUCCGAACCUCCAGAAGGUAGUUGGAGUUGCCAUCUGUGUUUGCAGCAGCUGAAAGAGAAGGCCUCGGCGUACAUAACUCUAACCUAAGAGGACCCACACUUGCUGGCACCUCCUGCGCUGCCCGGGGAUGUCAUGUCUCAGCCAUCUCCAGCCCCAGAACGUGGCCACAUUCCAGAAGCACGGCACCAACUGUUGUAAGAUAGCGACCCUUGGCCCAAAGACACCACAAUGCUGCUUCCUGGGGCAAUGUCUAUCCUUGUACUCUGAUCUUUAAACGUAUGUUUUACAGACAUUGACAUUUUAGUGGGGAUUUGCUUUCACUCUGUGGGCGGUUGCCUUCACACUGAGAACUUUCUGAGAGACAGCGGGAAGAUAUCGAGAGAGCAGAGCGAUCAAAGGACCCAGUUCUGUCCGUCCACAGAGCCAGUGGUUGGAUUUUUGCCUCGGACUAGGUGCGGACUGCUGGGGCACCGACCCCUCCUUCAUCCUGGCUUCUGAGGUGCCCUGAUCUCCUGGUCAUGAUGAACCAAUCCCAUUGGGGGCGGCAGGACAAACUUCGGAUGGAGAGCCAAAUCGACUCCCUUGUUCCCUCGCCCUCCCCCGACACAGAUCCCCCUCCUAGCAAACCCUCAGUGCAAACGGGAGUUGCUUGUAAAAAAUAUGCAUGGCGUGAUGUAGAUGUUGUACUCUUCCCAUCCCCCCAAAUGGCUGCAAGGAAAGCGAGAUGAGGCAGUGGGAGGAGUGGAGAUGAAACCUUGUUGCAUUUGGACCAGAGACCAAUUCACCUUGGAUUGUGAGGGUCAAUCCCAUGCUGUUGAAGUGACCUCGAGUGGAUCUUUCAGUGAGGUUGAAUCUAUGACUGGGCAUUGGUCAGACAUUGUGGUGCCUCUCCCAUUCAGACAUCUCUUCUUGACAUUCACCUACAGAAGAUGUGGCGAUACUUUACCGGAAGCUUGUGACGGAUCCAGUCUUCUACUGGGCAUGAAUGAGGAUUGAGGUCUCCACCCCUCUGGAGCCAACAUCUCCUUUCACCUUGCGAGGGAACUUUGGGACUCCUCGGGACUACUUUCUUAAGCUGAUGUGUGUGUUUGUUAAUGGGUGUGAUUGGGCGUGCCAGGCUCAUUGGUCAACGCAGGUGAUUGGCAUACUGAAUGGGCCAAUGAUUGCAGCUGGUCAACAGGCCCUGGGUUUUUACUCAUUCGUAGCUCAAGUCUCAGAACACUCCGUCCAGGACGUCUGUGGAGGGACACGUGUACCAUGCCUGCCAAACGCUCCGAUGCGUCCCUGGCCUUGGAUGAAAGUCAGGACACGUGAUGAGAUCAGAACUUUACCCUGCGUGUUGGUACGGCGUCUGACUUGCCGAGGACUGAUGGUGCUGGUUAUUCAGAAGAUCCUAAGGAUGGGGGAGGGAGGCGGUGGUGGGAAGGUGACACUGCCCCCUGGGGUAGAGCCACCCUUGUGGUCUAGGUACCCUGGCUCGAUUCUGACCUCCAGCGUUCUCUGUCUGGAGUACGCAGGUUCUCCCUGUGACCCUGUGGGUUCCCCGGAUGCCCUGCAGAUUGGUAGGCGAAUUGGCUGCUGUAAAUUGCCUCCUGCGUGUAGGUGAGGGGUAGAGUCCUGGGGGCUGGGGGUGGGGAAAAUUAAAUGGGACCGGUGUGGAAGGGUGUGUGAAGGUUGUCAGGCAACACACCGGCUAUCUCCUGUUCUGUUUGACUCUGUAACCCCAACCCCAGGCUGAAUCUUUCCUCCAAGCCCAUUACCUAACCUAGUGAAAGGCCAUUCAGCCCAGCAGCCUGUGGGGCCCAUUGCCCAACCAGCCACAUGCUCCCCACUCAUCACCGUUUUCUUUCAAAGUAAAUCCCACAGUAAAAGUAUCUGUGCUGUGGCAUGAAUACUUACAUUUGAGGCACUGUCCCUAAACACUAUUGCACACUAUCAUUCCCUAAACACUAUUGCACACUAUCAUUCCCUAAACGCUAUUGCACACUAUCAUUCCCUAACCACUAUUGCACACUAUCAUUCCCUAAACACUAUUGCACGAUAUCAUUCCCUAAACUAUUGCACACUAUCAUUCCCUAACCACUAUUGCACACUAUCAUUCCCUAAACACUAUUGCACGAUAUCAUUCCCUAAACACUAUUGCACGAUAUCAUUCCCUAAACACUGUUGCACACUAUCAUUCCCUAACCACUAUUGCACACUAUCAUCCCCUAAACACGGUUGCACACUAUCAUUCCCUAAACACUAUUGCACACUAUCAUUCCCUAACCACUAUUGCACACUAUCAUUCCCUAACCACUAUUGCACGAUAUCAUUCCCUAAACGCUGUUGCACACUAUCAUCCCCUAAACACUAUUGCACGAUAUCAUUCCCUAAACACUGUUGCACACUAUCAUUCCCUAAACACUAUUGCACACUAUCAUUCCCUAACCACUAUAGGACGUAGAAGCAGAUUUAAGCCAUUCACUCCGUCAAGUCUGCUCUACCCCUCCAACAUGGCUGAUCUAUUUUCCCUCUCAACCCAUUUUCGUGCCUUCUCUCUGUAACCUUUGAUGCCCUGACUAAUCAAGAACUUAUCAACCUUCACUUUAUAUAUACCCACUGAAUUGGCCUUUUAACACCUUUCAAUUUUAGACAAUCUUAAUUUCCAUUGCCACCUCAUAAUCGCCUAACUUUAUUUAUUUACAGGCAGGGUAUUUAUUGCCUGUCCGUAACCGACCCCAGGAAGGUGGCAGUGACCUGUUGAUAAGCUGUCCUCUGAUAUUCUGCUCCCUGGUAGAGAGGACACCUCGGCAGUUGUCAUACAGUGGACAGCUGGUGGUGGGGAAGUGGAGAGUGGGACGUAGUGGGUUGUUAUGCCUUGGGAGAGGCUGCUGGGGAGGGCAAGAGGGAUCCAGGGCAACAGGAGGCGAACAGAUGGUUAGAUUCUUAAAGGGCUAGCACUGAUGUGAUGGGCUGAGUGGCCUUGGGCAGGUGAAAGGCUUUUGUUUGAUGCCACUUUCAGGAUCGGAAGCUCUGCACAGGCAGCUCUGAGGUGCAGCCACGUCAUGGGACUGCACAGCAAGAUCCCACGGAGAGUAAUGCAGAUCGUUCAAGGAGUGAAAAAUGCUGGUCCCAGGGAAAGGCGGUCAGCACAGAAUGGCGGUACCCGAAGGGUCCCUGGCGUCCUUCUGGGAGCCUCCCGCCUUCCCCCAACACUGACGCUGUUCCCUGAGUCCCCCAAAUCGAGUUCACAGCCCAGGUGCGGUGUCUGUGGAUGGCAGGGAGGGAUUUAGACAGGUCAUUGAUAUCGUGCUCAAAUGCAGAAGCAUCUCACAGGAGAAGUGAGCAUGGGAGAGAGUAAUUGGGCAAACUGGGGAGGUGGGGACCCAGCCACAGCUGCCAGAAGGAAUCUGGGGUGGAUCGAGAGAUCAGGACUGGAGGUAGCGGGGCGAUCUGUGUAGGCUGCAGGGAUAGAGGGGAGUCACAGAAGUGGGGGGGAGGGGAGCCUGCAUCAGACUGGGAGUUCGUGUGCGUUGGUGAGCACGCCCAGGUUUGUUGGGAGAAGUAGGAGUGCUGGGAUAGUGACUGGGCUAAGGAAGGUAGGAGAGGAGUAGAGGAAUGGUGCAAAGGUUUGAGCUGCCGUCCCCCAGCACCAGAGACCUGGGUUCGAUGUCGGUUUCUCAUUUCCUUCACAGAUCCCAACGAUGAGUGGGGUUGGUGGGUUAAUUGACACGCUGUGAGCGUGCAUAGGCAGGGAUAGAGUCUGGGCGGUGGGGGGGUCGAUGUGAAUGUGCAAAUGGGAUAGUUGAUGGUCAGCACAGUGUGGAUGGGCUGAAUGGCCUGAUCCAGUGCAGUUUUUUUUUCCUGAGUCAGCCUGCAGGCUGCUCCCCACCCUCCCUCGCGAGUGGCUGGAAUCCCCAGCCUCUCCUCUCCUGAUUCACAGCACAACGGGAGCCAGCUCAUGAAUGCCCCCGGUGACGUGGCGUCACAUCGAGUGUCAGGGCAAUGGGUAACUGCAUUGCGAACCCCUCAGCCGUUUGCCUGUGUUUGCCCAGUGUGUUAUGUGUGCUGUUUCCUGUAAUGUGUAAAUCUGGUUAAAGUGUCUUAAAUUGACCUGCUUCUGUUAAAUCGUUGGGAUCUCUUUACGAAAGCGAGAAAGCGGGAAGUCAUGGCAUAUUGCGGUUUUGUUUGAAGGUUAAAACGGACCGGCACUUGCCCUUCAAGGACAGCCAGGGGGACCUCAGCUUUAUCCUCUGGGUUACAGUAGGCUACUGCUUAGGGUUUCUGACCGUGACCAGCGGGUCGCACACCAACAGCUGAACUGUGUCCGUCGCAGGUCCACAAACCUGUAACUGCCCUUCACGCACCAACUCUUUACCUCUGACCUCUCUCCUACACAGUCGCUUCUUUCCACACCUUGUGGCACAUCGGGUGGCAGCCUCGCCGUUACUUUAACAUUUUUGUCUGUCUUUUACGAGACCAAGUCACUCGCUCGAUGCCCAACACAGUACGGAUGGAAAGCGUGCAAGGAGCAGGCCGGAUUUGAACCCAUGACCACUUGGCUCGAUGUCCGGUGCAGAUGCCACAACACUAUCAACCGGCUUCUCCUAUACAAUACGUUCCUCCAAUCACCUUAACAUUAAACCCCCCUCGCCCCCCCAGAGCUGGUAUUUCAGGUUGGGACCCUCCAGCUAGUUAGGCCAGUGGGUUCCAAACCUUUUUCUAAUCCCAAUUAACUGAGGGGUCCGUGGACCCCAAGCUGGGAAUCCCUGGGUUAGACCAAAGGGCCUGUCUCUGUGUGGUGUAGCUCUCUGCCUCUAUGCUCUCUAACUUGCCACCUGGACCUCACCAACCCUGCAUUGUGCCUGGGUCCAAGUCCAGGAAGGUCCUCCUCCAGCAUAACUGAGGGAGCACCUUCUCCACAUGGUUUGUAGUGGUCCAAGAAGGCACGCAGACCCUCUCCCCGCCCCCCCCAACCAAUUCCUCAAGGGCAGAGUGGUUGGGCCAAUAAAUUCAGGCCCACAUCCCAAUGUACGAACACAAGUCACCUUGAAUCUCAAUCUUGACAAUUACAUGGAACAUGGAAGAGUACAGCACAGGAACAGGCCAUUCGGCCCACAAUGUUGUGCUAAACCAGCUAAAAAAACAAAUCAAAAACACCCAAACACUAAUCCCUCCUACCUACACCAUGUCCAUAUCCCUUCAUCUUCCUCACAUCCAUGUGCCUAUCCAAAUGUCUCUUAAAAACCUCUAAUGUAUUUGUGUCUACCACCAGACCAGGCAGCACAUUCCAGACAUCCACCACUCUCUGAGUAAAAAACUUACCCCUCACAUCCCCCUUUGAACCUACCCCCACCUCCCUCACCUUCAAUGCAUGCCCUCUGGUAUUACACAUUUCUACCCUGGGAAACAGAUGCUCUCUGUCCACUCGAUCUGCCUCUCUUAAUCUUGUAUAAACCUCUAUCAGAUCUCCCCUCAGCCUCCAGUCCUCCAGAGAACACAACCUAAGUUUAUCCAGCCUUUCAUGACACAUCCUCUAAACCAGGCAGCUUCCUGGUAAACCUCUUCUGCACCCUCUCCAAAGCCUCGACAUUCUUCCUACAGUGGGGUGACCAGAACUGUAUGCGAUACUCCAGACGUGGCCUGACCAGAGUUUUAUAAAGUUGCCCAGUCCUGAUUCCACUUCCAGAACAGUGUCAGAUUUGUGAGAUGGUGGACUGUGCAGAUGUUUAGCAUGUCCCAGGCAGAAGCCAACAUCCCCCCCCCACAUCUGGAUUCCACGUAACACACCGAAAAUGCUGGAGGAACUCAGCAUCUCGGCCCGAAACGUUGACUGUUCACUCUUUUCCAAUGCUGAGUUCCUCCAGCAUUUUGUGUGUGUUGCUUUGGAUUUCCAGCUUCUGCAGAUUUUCUCUUGUUUGUGUCUGAGUUCUAAGUGUUGGCUCUGCACAGGGCCCAAGGAGAGAGCAUUAAGGGCCCCUGUGUCCCACAGAUCGCUAAAAGCUGUGGUCUCCAUCGGCGUGGAUGUCGAUUCCGUGUCUUUAGUGCAGGGGGCAGGGGAAAGGUCACUCUCUCGAAUUUAACUGUUGCACUCCAGACCCGGUGAAGUUAACAGAGGGGUUCAGUCGCCAAUGGCAACCAGAGAGGCUGCUGUAGAAGUGAACAUUCACCAGUGUUCAAGGACUUGAUUCUCAACACUGAGUCCCAAUCUUUACUAGAAAGAGGUUUGAGCUGACAAUCCACAAUCUUACAAUCAUAUGGAAUAGACAGAGGCUAUUCAGCCCAUCAAGUCUGUGGUGGUUUAUAAGACAUUGGAGCAGAACUAGGCCAUUCAUCCCACUGAGUCUGCUCCGCCAUUCCAUCAUGGCUGAUCCCAGAUCCCACUCAACCCCACACACCUGCCUUCUCACCAUAUCCUUUGAUACCCUGACCAAUCAGGAGAUGAUCAACUUCCGCCUUAAAUAUACCCACGGACUUGGCCUCCACCACAGUCUGUGGCAGAGCAUUCCACAGAUUCACUACUCUGGCUAAAAAAAUUCCCCCUUUUCUCUGUUCUGAAAAGGUCGCCCCUCAAUUUUGAGGCUGUGCCCUUUAGUUCUGGAUACCCCAACCAGUCCUUCCACGUUUGGUAGGUUUCAGUGAGAUCCUCCCCGCAUUCUUCUAAACUCUAGUGGGGACAGGUCCAAAGCUGCCAAACGCUCCUCAUGUGUUAACCCCUUCGUUCCCCGAGUCAUCCUCGUGACUCUCUACAAUAACAACACAUCUUUUCUGAAAUAUGGAGUCCCACUGUGUGGGCUUGACUAGUGUCUUAUAAGGGCUCAGCAUUAUCUCCUUGCUUUUAUAUUCUAUUCCCCUUGAAAUAAAUCCCAACAUUGCAUUUGCCUUCCUUACCACAGACUCAACCCGUAAAUUAACCUUCUGGGAGUCUUGCAUGAGGACUCCUAAGUCCUCCUUAAUACUACCCCUACUACAGUGUGACCUUCCCUCAUUACUAGACUGUGUACAUUUUGGGUGUCUGUAGUCUGUUCUCCGGGCAGGGAAGUGAACGCAGGACCUGCUGGCUCCAGAAAGGGGGAGACCCCCCCCCCAGCAGUAAUUGAAGAGAAUUGUUUGCUGUCAAUUAGUCUCAGAAUCUCACAAACCAUCGGAGGAGAUUCCAACAACUUAACCAGCGAUUUUUAAGGCGAAAGAAAGUGACAAAUAAAUGAUUACUGUAAAACGAAAAAAUGCUGUUGCUGCAAAGCCAAUUUCAACAUUGUUGGUGUAAGGAAAAUUGUAAAGAUUUUGAGAUGAAGUUGUUUCUAUAUGUGUUGGUGAACUCUGUGUACCUGAGGCUGCAGUGUGUUUGCGGUACCCUGGGUGUAGCUGCUCCCUCAGAGGGGGCAGGGUUACGCCCUGGAACAGCGUCGGAUGUGAGAUGGGGUGAUGUUACCACAUCGCUGGGAGAGGUUACCGUCAGCUCGCGGGCUGAUACACCUCCUCCCGCAGAGCCACCAUGAUGCUACUCCAAACAUGCCGUGCUGUUGGCUUCUCUCCAUUUCAAGGCAAGGCCAUUUGGCCCAUUGUGGAUAGCCUACACCUUGUAGACAGGAAGAAGGGCUGGUGGGGGGUGCGGAGGAGGUGAAUUCUUCAGGUUGGAAGGAGGGGACAGGCCCCAGAUUGGACUCUCAGCUCCUUAGGGUGGUGAUGGCUUAUGACCUACGGUUGAAGGAUCAGCUCCUUUUGGGUGAGAUGACCUAUGACCUAUGGUUGAAGGGUCAGCACCUUUGGGUAGAGAUGACCUAUGAUUAGAUAGGAUUCAGUCCCAAUUCCCACCCUGAGGGCUUAGGUCCUCAAUACUGGAAAUUAAAUGGGAACCAGCGGUUGAGAGGGAGGGGAGACACAGGACUGGCCGUGGUUUCUGUUGCAUGCAUCACUCUCCUCCUCAGCUCCUGGUUCUUGCAUCACACGGAGAGUGUUUCCUGCCCUUGCUGCAGUCAUGGUUGCUGUCAUCAAGAAUGGGGAGUAGGGUUGUGGAUUUUGGUGCUACUAACCUACUACUACAUCCUACAUCCUACUAACCCUCUCUCCCCACCCUGGCCAACCCCUCACACUAAAUAUCAGCAGAACUACCUCUUCAAUCCCUCAUCCCGAAAGUACCACUCUGAGGGCAGGUCAGUGGGGUUGUGGGGGGACAGGGGUCAGCUUAGAGGAAAUGGUAUUUGAAGGAAAUACGAGACAGACUAGGUUGCAGGGAGGUUGGAAUCAAUAGAAUUGCCCCAAGGGCCAGCAUACACGAUGGGCCGAAUGGCUUUCUUCUGUGUCUUAAACCCAUGGUUCUGUAGGAAGAGGCUGGGUCACACAGCCAUGAAACCAGAUGAUCCCAUCUCCCGUAUGUGAGGCCCCAACUGACCCCGAGCGUAGCAUUACCAAGGCCGUACGCGUAGUGCUCUGUAGCCUCGCGCAACUCAGGCAGGAGAACCACUGUACCGGUCUGAGUUGUCUUUGCUAGUGUUAUUUUGGCGUAUCUGUGUUGCAAAAGUGAUGUUGUCUGUUUCAAGUAGUGUUCCUGGCAGUUUUAAGAAUAAAAAUUAAUUGG